AUGGAUGACAUACAGACAGAUUAUAAUGCCAAACCCAGCUUUACACAGAUCUUGGUACUCUCAUCUAUUGGGUUGAUAUUUUUCAUAGCAUUGCAUUAUCACCUCAAAAAGAUUCGAGAUCAAAAGAUCAUUCCGCGUUUAAGAUUUUCGCGUGCAGGUCACCCCCCAAAGCUUGAAAGAUUCUCUCAUUACGUAGCUAGGCAAAUGGGGUUCAAGGAUAGGCGAAUCGGUCCUGAUCUAUGUAGAUUGGCUUCUGAAUACAUAAGCAAAUGUGAGGGGUUUGAAGAUGAUAUAUAUGCCUAUUUUGAGAAUGAACCAGAUGCUGAUUCACUUUAUGUCAAGUUGGUGGAAGAGUUUGAGAGAUGCAUUCUUAGUUACUUUGGAUUUCAUUGGAACUAUUGUGACAUAUUGAUAAGUCAGGUCUUGAGCUCGGAAAUUUCUGAGCCAAAAAAGAAGUUAAAGAACAUAGUUAUGGCCGCUACUAGGGAUCAAAGGUUCGAGAGAGUUGCCAAGAAUCUGAAGGUGACUAGUGUUUUUAAUACAUUAGUGGAAGAGAUGAAAGCGAUGGGUAUUGCAGUAAACGAUGACUCUCAAUGUACCGAGGUAAUGGCUCCGGUGGCUCACAGUGAUAGGAGCCCGGUCCUCCUUCUAAUGGGGGGAGGUAUGGGAGCUGGCAAGAGCACUGUACUCAAGGAUAUUCUCAAAGAACCUUUCUGGGCAGGAGCAUCAGGAAAUGCCGUAGUCAUUGAAGCAGAUGCCUUCAAAGAAUCAGAUGUCAUUUACAAGGCACUUCGCUCAACAGGCCAUCAUGACAUGAUUCGAACAGCCGAACUGGUACACCAAUCAUCCACAGAUGCAGCAUCGUCCCUCUUGGUAACAGCACUAAACGAGGGGCGUGACGUAAUUAUGGACGGCACACUCUCCUGGGUUCCAUUUGUUGUGCAGACAAUAACAAUGGCUAGAAAUGUCCACCGCCGCCGCUAUCGCAUGGGAGUUGGCUACAGGGUCAACAAAGACAGAACCGUAACUGAAAACUAUUGGGAACGGGUUGAAGAUGAAGAACCUGAACAAGUUGGAGGAAAAAAGAGAAAACCAUAUAGGAUUGAGCUUGUUGGAGUAGUGUGUGAUGCAUAUCUUGCUGUUGUUAGAGGCAUAAGGAGAGCUAUCAUGAGUAGAAGAGCUGUGAGAGUAAAAUCGCAAUUGAAAUCCCAUAAGAGAUUUGCUGAUGCAUUUAUGACAUACUGUCAAUUAGUAGACAAUGCCCGUCUAUACUGCACAAAUGCAUUGGAAGGCCCAGCCAAGUUGAUAGGAUGGAAAGAUAGAGACAGAACCUUGCUAGUUGAUCCAGAUGAAAUUGACUGUUUGAAAAGGGUUGCAAAGUUAAAUGAAGAUGCCAACUCCAUAUAUGAACUCUACAAACAACCCAACCCAGCUUGUGAAGCUGGAUCCGUAUGGAAAGACAUUGUAUUAUCUCCUUCAAGGUUGAACAUCCAACAAGAGCUCAAAUUUUCAAUCCAAGAAAUUGAGCGCUUGAAAUGA